GACUUUAUUACGUCAUAUGGGAUUUCAAAUUCCUGAUUUCAAUCUCUUCGUGUCACUUCUAAGCAAUUUCACAAGACUAGGACCGUCGCUGCUUGUGUACACGUUAAACAAUGCCAGAUGGACUUAUCACAAACAGGCCAUUGCAGAAUGAGUCCACUGGAAUUGAUCUGCACGUGCCACUGUAUCAGGAGGUCAGAGGAUCGAUGAUUACAGGACAUGUGGAAUAUCAGAUUGUUGUUGUGACCCGCCUUGCUGCUUUCAAGUCUGCAAAACACAAACCAGGAGAUGUUGUGCAGUUUGUUGUCUCCAAGAAGUACAGUGAACUUGAUGAGUUUUACCACAGCCUGAUGACUAGAUAUCCUAGCAUCACUCUGCCUUUAAUGCCUCGCAAAGCCCUGUUUGUGGGUGAGACAGAUCUCCGUGAGCGUAGGGUGGCUUUUGACGAGCUUGUCAAAUUCAUUUCCAAACACCCAAUGCUGGCUAACUGUUCAGAGUUACUGGAGUUUUUAGGAGCAAAGACAACACUUUCUGAUAUUAAAACCACUAAUAAGCCUGAAAAUGCGGAGGAAGAUGGCCUGGAUUUUUUUGGACGAGAUGAACCAUCCAACCUUGGGUCAGUGUCACACACAAAAAGUGUAAAACCACCUCAGCCACCUGAAGAGGAGGAAUUAUUCGACCCAUUAGGCAGUGAGCGGUGUAAGAAACACAUGAAUCCUAGGAAUGUGUCCCCAGUGGUCAAGUCUGUCCCUAUACCCAAACCCAAAACACUGUUUGAUGAGGAGGAUGACCCAGACAAGGGACUAUUUACACCUGAAGUAAAGGCUGAUAUGAGGCUAUUUGAGGACCCACACUUUGGAAGGACUGACAUUUUGAUGUGUUCAAAUGCCAGUAACAACAGCAUUCCGUCUAAUAAUACUAAAAUUGACGAAGAUAUAGAUGAGCUUUUCAGGGUGGAAGUCGAUUUGGACAAACUCCUGACCGUCAGCAAGACGGUCAAACGUAGACCAGAUACUGCUCCGAAACCCAAACCCGAAGUGAAAGGAAAGUCGUCCCCUGUGACCCAUACUACUGGGCUGCAGCAGAGCAGAGCUGAAGCUAUGGAUCAGAUGGAUAUCCUCCAGUACAUCCAGCAAAAUGACAUGCCAGCCAGUGAGGAUUUGGAUCUUUUUUAGCACUUAUGUUCUGGAACAUACCAGCUCAGUGACACCAGCAUGACUCAACAGAAACACUCAAUGAAUGUUGUCUAAGAACCCUUGCCUUGCACUUUACAUCCAGAAAGACAAAAAUGUGUUGAGCUCCCAACACAUUUUUCAGUUGUCAUUUAUCAAGGUGUCUGUCCUUUUGACAUCCUCAAGGUGCCUUAACAUAAAAUACCUUUGGACCAACAUGGAGUAAGAAAGCAUUUUGAUGUGGUUAGAAAUACAGAUUACUGGAUAGACAUGCAUGUGUUUAUAAGAAGUAAAGACUUCAAUAAAAUUAACAUUCUAACAUCUACUUAACAUCUUGAAGAAACACAAGAAAUGUUACCGAUAGGCUUGCAUUCUUAAAGCAUUAAAAUGAUUAGCCAAAAUCUUUGAAUCGCUCUGUACUGAUCGCAAAUGUUAUCAAGCAAUGCCAGAUGGUGAUUUCAACAAUGUGGCCUGCAUUUGUGUACCACACUACUUGAAUUACAUAAUACCUUUUUCAACAAAUCAUUUUGAUGUUUUAGCACUACUUUUGACAUUUACACAGUCAUUAAUUAUGACUUUACGGAAUUUUCAAUGCAUUUGUCACAAAUAUCACCUUAAAUGUACAGUCUGAAUUGCAAAAAAGUUGAGACUGUAUGGAAAAUGUUAAUAAAAACAAAAAGGAGUGACUUGUAAUUUCUAUUCACUCUGGGCUAUAUUGAAAGCACUCAUAUUAUAAGAUGUUUUAUCUUGUGAAUUUUUUAAAAUAAUUUUUGUUAUAUACACUUAUUUCAAAUCAGAUGAUUGCAACACAAUUCAAAGAAGUUGGGUCAGUUGAGUGUUUGGCACUGUGUAACAUUACCAUUUCUUCUAAUUACACUCGUUAAGCAUUUGGGCACAGAAGACAUUGUGGCCCUGUUUCCACCUUGUAUUAAGAUACGUCUCGGGUGAUCUGAUCACAUGUGGUCAGAUGAGACAUCACAGUUUACACCUGGUCACUUAAAUGUGUCUCCUGUGACCACUUGUGGGAUUUGGAAGGGAAGAUCUGUUUCAUGUCAGUGUGUUACUGCAUGAUAAUGAACUGUGGCAAAGUCAGAAAAGACAAUGAAAGUGGAAAAAAAACUUGAUGCACGCCAUUUCUCCCAGAUGCAUCUGAAAUUUAAUCUAAGCACAAAAAUUAACAUUUCGAGCAGAAUUGUCCAUUUAUUUUAGUGUAUUACCUGUAUUAACCUGAGCUGCAGAUGUUCGUGCAUCUCAUAAGUGUCCCUGCAUGUUGAUUUCAGACACACUGAAGAAGAUCUGUGAAGUUAUUAUCCUUGUGUGUAUAUAUACGCUCUCUUAAUUUUUCAGAUCAGACGAUUAACUCCUUUUAAAACUCUUGUAACCGGCAAAGAUUAAAAUCUUGUGUUAGUUCAGUGGUUCAUUGACAGGUGAGGGGUGGUGCUUCGCUGCUGCCAGGACAGAUUAGCGUUUACACCUCAAAUGUGAUGCGGUUUGGGGGGGGGUUAUUUGAUCUGAAAACAUUUUAGACCCUUUUAGAGCUGUAUUUGGUGCUGACCACAUGUGAUCCGAUCACCAAAAAUGCAUCUUAAUAACAGUUUGAAACGGUCUAUUUUGUUAAUUUUAGCAAGUGGAAUUUUCCCCAUUUAUCCAUUAUGCAGGUUCUCAGCAAAGCAAUUGAACUGUGCAUUAAUUUGUUGUGUUUUGCGCUUCAUAAUGCACUCCAUACACCGGUUGGAGACAGGUCAGGACUUUUACUCUUUGACCCAGAGAACACGACGGCUGUUUGUUCCCAAAACUAUUUGAAAUGGAGCACAAAACAUUCCACCGUUCUACUUUUCAUCUCAGAUGAGACCGAGCUCAGAGAAGUUGGCAGCGCUUCUGGACAGUGUUGAUGUAUGGCUUCUGCUUUGCAUAAUAAAGCCUUAACUUGUAUCUGUGGAUGCAGCAGCGAAUGCUGUUGAAUGACAAAGGUUUAGCAAAAUAUUCCUGAACCCAUGUCAUGAUAUACAUUACAGAUAAUUGACGGUUUUUAGACCAUGAGGGAUCGAUGAUCAUGCUUACUCAGAAGUGGCAACGCUGCGAAGGCCCCAUACAUUUGCGCACGCUGAAGAAAUGUAUAAUGGAUGAAUGGGUGAAUAUUCUGCUUGCUAAAAACACUUGUGUAUUCAGUGCCCAAACACUUAAUAAGUGUUAUUAGAAGAAAUGAUGAUGUCACAUAGUGGUAAACACUCGACAGUCCCAACUUUUUUGGAGCGUGUUGCAAUCCUGAUUUGAAAUGAGGGUAUAUUUAUAAAUGAAUAUGUAUAUUCAUAAGGUGAAACAUCACAUAUUUCUUUGUUCAUCAAAUUCAUAAAAAUGUUUAAAGCUGCUGUUCUUUCAAUAUAGCACAGGGUUAUUAGAAUUAGCAAGACACUUGUUUUUGUGUUUCAUUGUAUCAACUUUUUCAUAAUUUAUGUAUUUAAUUUUUGAAUAAUGAAACUUUAUAUAAUAGUGUAUUUUUGUCCCUCCUUUUGUGCUUGUACAACAUUAAAUGUCUUUAUAUAUUCUAUAAUAUUAGAAAUGUAUUGUGAAAAAAUGGCACUACUGUGUUGAUCACAUGCUUUGAUUAUUCACUCGUUUACCUUCAUUCAAGCAUAUUUACAACAAAAACAAGAUGUAUACAACAUUAUAAGAUGUAUAUUCCAGUGCCUUCACACAUUUCACUAUAAAAAUGUAUUCCCUUUCUAAAUGGCUUAUUUUCAACUGCGCUGUUUUGUAUAGACAUGAAGACUUGCCUCUGGAGUUGUUAAAAAAUUCAGCCUGUCAUUUCACCACCCAGACACUAGAAUGCACAUUUACCUGAAAUUUGUGACCCUUGUUCUCUGGCUUUACACAAACCUUAAAGUCAUGGACAUGUCCACUGUUAUUUCCCAUGAAAUAAGAUUCAGUUUAAAAGAAACUGCUAAACAAUUAGCUUGAACGAUCAAUACUAAUGUAAACAAUUAUACAACCCACCGAAGGGACUAUCUAUACCCCUCACAGCCUUAUUUUCAUUUCCAGCAAAUCAAAUAAAUAUGGCACUACUGCGAAUAAGGUCUAUACCCAGAGUUUGAACAAAUAGUUUGUGUUCUAUCGUUCCAUUGAAAUAAUAGAAGUUCUAAUCAUGCCCCGUGUUAUCUUGAAGCUAUUUAUUAUAAAUAGUUGUGUACGGGUUACCACUUAGGUUCCAAAUGGUUUGGUACAAAAAACAAACAAAAGAAAAAACCAUUAGAUUGUUUUCUCUUUGUUUAUGGCUUUUACAUGUCCUGUGGCAAUAAAAAUGCAUUUUUGUGUUGUCAGGACAACAACAUUUACUUUCCUUUUACACCCUAUGCUUUUACAUUAUAUCAAAGACAUUCUAAAAAAUAUUUUUAACAAGGCUGUUUACAUUGCAAGCGGUGCAU